AUGGGUAUCAAAGGAUUACAUGGCCUUCUCAAGUCCAUUCAAAAGCCAUGUCAUCUUAAGAAGUUUGCCGGGCAGACACUUGCUGUAGAUGCCUAUGGAUGGUUGCACCGUGGAACGGUUGCUUGUUCCGUGGAUUUGGUUCUGGAAAAGCCAACCAGAAAGCACAUUGAUUUUGUUCUACACCGCGUUCGUAUGCUUUUGUUCUUCGGAGUGACCCCCUACCUUGUUUUCGAUGGCGACAACCUUCCGAGCAAAGCAGCCACCGAGGCUGAUCGACACCGCCGCCGUCAAGAGAGCAAAGCAUUGGGCUUGGACCUUCAACGCAAAGGAAGAAUGACAGAGGCCUAUCAGGAAUUCCAGAAAGCCGUCGACGUGACACCGUACAUGGCCCGUCAGCUCAUUGAGGAGUUGAAGAAAAUGAAUGUACAGUAUGUUGUAGCACCAUACGAAGCCGAUCCUCAGAUGGUGUAUCUCGAACAGCAAGGAGUUGUACAAGGAAUCAUAUCCGAAGACUCGGAUUUACUUGUGUUUGGUGCGAAACGUCUGCUGUCCAAGUUGGAUCAGCAUGGUGAUUGUAUUGAAAUCAAUAGAGCCGACUUUACAGCUUGUCGGGAAGUGAGCCUUGUGGGCUGGAGUGAUGCUGAUUUCCGUCGAAUGUGCAUUUUGAGCGGAUGUGAUUAUUUGGCUAAUAUUCCUAAGAUGGGGCUCAAAACGGCUUAUCGCAGCAUCCGCAAGCACCGGACUGUAGAGAAAGCUUUGCGGAUGCUUCAAUUCGAUGGCCAAUUCAAGGUCCCAGCAGAUUACCUUGUGAACUUCAAGCAGGCUGAACAUACUUUUCUGUACCAACGUGUUUUCUGUGAAGAAGCUAAACGACUUGUGACUUUAUCGACACCCGAGGAGGGCAUCAACCUCAAUGACAUGCCAUUUAUUGGCCCAGAUGUGGAUCCAGAAACUGCGGCUGGGGUGGCAUCCGGGGAUUUGGACCCAAUGACGAAAUUGCCCAUUGACUUGAAACCGUGGGCUGCAGGAAGAUACACCUGGGGCAUUAGUCGUCGUCAGACUUUGGGUUCGUCUUCCGAACUGAAGCCCAGUAAGCGGAUCAACUCGUUCUUUACACCGAGGCGCACGCCUCUGCAGGAGCUGGACCCAAACAGUUUGACACCCUCGCCGAGUCAGCAAAGACUCCUGGAGCGCAAUAUGAACAACUCCUGGCAACCAAAUUCGGCGCCCUUGCGCUCCAACACAACUAGAUCUACUCCACUGAGGGCUGUUUCUGACCAGAGUCUCAGCCCUAUGGUUCGAAGCGUUGAACGAAACACAUUCUUGGCUCAUACUACACGGGCUUCAUCCACUUUGCAACCGACCAAGCGACAGCGGCUAUGCUCUGAAACUGAGGAUGACUCCCUCCCUCCCCAUCCCCCUGUGCAGAGUCGAUUCUUUGCAGGUGGAGACCAAGCUAGUCCUAGCGGCCAGAAGGUGUCUCGAAGCAAGAAACCACGAAAGUCGACCCUGGACGUAUUCUCAGAUGAGAUCGCAGAGGACAUCUUUUCGCAAAUUCCUGACUCUGACAUCAAAGGCCAGCCGGCUAAAGAUGAGGGAAAGAGUGCACACGAAGAAUCAUCCUCCGGUGGCGAACAGACGAUGACUGCAAUGGACUCCAAGGCUGAGAAUGAAGAAAUGCCAAAAGAGACCCCAGCACUUGAUUACCAUAUCCACCGACAGAAUUCGGACAUUCACUCUAAGUUCUCGUUCAACUCUGGAUCGCAGCCCCAGUCCCCUGCAACUCGCUCCCCUAUGACCAAGAUUCCGGUGAUUCGGUCUGGCCAGACGGUUGCAUUGCAGUCAUCUCCUCGCACCCCGGGAGUUGGCUUUCAGAGAACCCCUCAACGAAACCGCCUGACUCCAUUGCAGCGUAUGGGUCAAAACGCUCUUCACCGUUCUCAGAGCAUUACGUUCCCCACUGCUCGUCCCCAAACCAAUUUUAUUUCCAAUUCCAUUUCCAAUUCCUCGGACUCCCAGACGGACGAGACCCCGAUUUCUACACCUGCUCAUACUCCUCAUGGCAGCGAGGAUCUCAUGGUCCCGAAUAGCGAUGAUUCGGAAGAGGAGAUCUGUACCAGCUUCGGGCAAACCACCAAGCUGAAUCUCCAGCGGUUUUCGUUUGGGGCCGAAUAA